AUGCCAUCUGUAUGGCUCGUCUGGCUUAUCGUUCAGGAGUAUGGAUAUUCGCUGAUUGCUUCCAGCAAACUUUACGGCUCAACGAACGUGCCGGAUGAAGUACAUUGCCGGACUGGUACCAAUCGAACACUACCAUCAUCCUUUCCGGUCGACUAUCAACGGUUGCAGCCGACCAAACAGCAGCAGUACAUCGAUUACAAGCUGCACUACGGUUUGCGAUAUAACCCGAGCAAACCGAACGUUCGCAACGGUACGCAGGAGCAGCAUCCUUUGCGCGAGCGUAAAAAGUUUCUUCCGCCCAAGACGCCAUACGAACCGCCAUUGUUGAGCGUGUUUCACAUCAUUUCGUUCGUGAAUGGACCGUGCGUGCCGCGACGGCAAGUAUCUACCGUGGAGGGAAACGUUGGACACGACAAUGGGACCAUUUGGACUGGUGUCUGCUAUCACGAGCAGGAAUGCAACCUGCUGAACGGCACACCGAUGGACAGUUGCGCCGGAGGGUUUGGCGUGUGCUGCGUGUUUCGGUUCGGGUGCGAUGGUAAAACAGAGCAGAAUGUAAGCUAUUUUCAUAGCCCGCACUACCCACUGCCCGCCACCGAUGCUUUACCGUGUGGCUUUACACUGGUGUUACAGCGCGCGGUUCAACAAGUGCUACUAGAGUUUCUGUUCUUUGAACUACAACCACCACAGCUGGGUAACUGUGUCGAGGAUCAGCUUAUCGUGUCGGUGCAGAACGAUCAGCGUGUUUACCCAGUGCUGUGUGGCAUCAACACUGGACAGCACAUGUAUCUGGACAUCGAUCGAGCAUACUCACACCGUCUGUAUCUGAGCGCCGUCUUCAACUCCAAACAACCGCGAGCCUUUCUCGUGAAGAUAACGCAGCUUGCAAAUCGUCGAGCUCCAGCCAGCUGCCUGCAAUUUCAUGAGGGUGUGAGUGGAGUACUAAAAUCGUUCAACUACGACAACAACUCGGUUCUGGUGACGAACCGCAAAGCAAGCUAUUUCAACAAUCUUAAUUAUGCCAUCUGCAUCCGAAGGCAACCAAUGUUCUGCAAUGCCGUGCUGGCCAAUAUCGACACAUCGAACGGGAAUGAGAACACUUUUCAGUUGGUUAACAUAGCGGACGAUGGUAGCAGUAUCGUCCCACCCAACCAGGCGGGCGUGGAAGUGUUUAGCUGUCCGGAUGAUUUCAUCGCCAUCAACUUUGUACGACUGUGUGGCGAGCGUUUGAACGACGGAAGUUUGGUUGCCGAUGCCAGUAUCAACAAGCCGGUUACGUACAGCAGCGCUGGUCCGAUUGUAAUAGCCGUGCAUACCGACCGUUCCACCGUUGGUCGGGGGUUUAAGCUCACAUACACGCAGCUCGUCUGCACAAAUAAAAUACGUUAG